AUCUCAGAUAUUCGUCAGAGCGGAGGAAGGUAACCCGUCGGAAGGUCGAUGUCCACCUGGUUCCUAUGUUAGCAGUAUUAUACCUCGUAUCUCACCUCGAUAGAGCAAACAUCGGAAACGCUAAGAUCGAGGGCAUGAUGGACGACCUUGGCCUCGAUGGCAUCCAAUGGAACAUUGUACUGAGCGUAUUCUUCGUGCUAUAUGUCCUUCUCGGUACGUUCCUUGGAAAUGUCCGUUGGAGGCGACCAAGCUAACAGCACCCAGAGAUUCCUAGUAAUAUGAUGUUGAGAACAUUCUCUCGGCCAUCUGUGUACCUGGGCGUCUUGAUCGUCUCCUGGGGCAUCAUCAUGACGUUGACCGGAGUCGUGCAGAACUUUGCUGGCUUGAUGGUGACUCGUGUUCUACUAGGUAUUUUCGAUCAAUGGUACAUGCCAAAAGAUUUGUCUACUCGUCUCGCUUAUUUCUACUGUGCUAGUGCCCUAUCUGGCGCGUUUUCGGGACUCCUUGCGGCUGCUAUCGCAAAGAUGGAUGGUGUUGGUGGAUAUGAAGGUUGGCGAUGGAUCUUUAUUCUUGAGGGCUUGGUCACCGUCAUCCUGGGUGUCGCCUGCUUCUUCUUCCUUAUUGACUCACCCUUGCUAUCUAGUCGAUGGCUAGAGCCAGACGAGAUUCGUUUUCUCGAGUUGCAGAAGUUCAUCAAGGAGGGAGGACCGUUCAAAAAUGAAGAGCAGGAUAAGAAUCAACGGUCCCGAUGGAAAGAUCUCGUUGUUGUAAUGAGUAAUUGGCGCAUGUAUAUCUUAGCCUAUAUUCUGUGAAUCUGGAGGUGGCUCUUUGCUCUCAAUCUUCCGUUGGCUAGUGCUUCGCUUGCCGUGAUCUGUGUAUCUGUGAAACCUCGCAUACGGCAUAGUGAUUUCAGGCAAGCACUGUCUCGUGUGGACUGGCCAGGAUU